AUGCCUGUCUUGUACUGCAAGGCCAACAUCCCCUUUAUCGUCCCUACCCUGGAGUCUGGACCUACUGUGGUGCUGCCACAGCAACAGAUCAAAGCCGUCUAUGGAUUGCCAGAAGACGUCUUGGGUGUACAUCGAGUGCAAGAUGAGACCAUGCAGCUGCAUUGGGUUUUCCCGGACGCUCAUCUCCUCGCCGAAAGACUGCAAUUUAACGUCAUCCGCAACCAACUCACGCAGAAUAUCCCCAAAAUCAUUCCGCGCGUUGCAGCCGAAAUCGAUUUCGGCUUCUCACGAAGCUGGGGCAAUGACACCGGGUGGAAGGAGGUUCGAGUUUGGACCUCCACGUUACGUAUCGUCGCAGGCGCAGCAAAUGGAGUUUUUUGUGGCCCGCCGCUAUGCCGCGAUAUUGUCUUCUUGGACAGGAUGAAAGACCACGCUAUGACCAUCUUCGCAGGCGCCCUCGUUCUCAACUGUUUUCCAAAGUCCCUGUUUCCCGUAUUUGGGCCUGUACUUUCCUUGGUUUCUGGUUUUAUGGAAAAAAGGGCAAUGGAGAAAAGUAUGCCAGUUGUCGAGAAGCGAUUAGUGCAGACUGCGCGAUGGAAAUCAGAGCCUGCUUGUGAAUGGGCACCUCCUGACGACGCCCUCCAAUGGAUCAUAGAUGAAUGCUACACAAGCAAGAACCCGGACGCGCAGCUGCACCCCAAGCGUGUGUCCCAGCGUUUACUAUUCGUCAACGAUGUUUCCAUGUUAACGACGGCAUACACGGCCCAGAACUUCAUCCUAGACAUUUUCAGUACGGAUCCUUCACUAGGCUAUGUGGACAUUUUACGCCAAGAAUGCAAAAAUGCGCUAAGUGAAUCGAAUGGGAAGUGGAGCCCCGAGGCUGUGAAAAAGCUCCGACUUGUGGACUCUGCGAUACGAGAGUCCAUGAGGAUGAAUCCUUUUGGGACGCUGACGCUCCCACGAGAGGUCGUGCAUCCAGGGGGCAUCAGAGUAGACAACUGGGACGUGUGCAUUCCAAAUCAUACGCGCAUCGCACUACCAACUGAAGCCAUCCAUUACGACAAUAGCAUCUAUUCAGACGCACAUCGCUACGACCCAUUCCGCUUUGCGCACUUAGAGGACUAUGAGAGUUCCCAGGUUAAGUCGACCGUUACGCUUGACGAUAGUUUUCUGGCCUUUGGCGUUCCAGGGAGAUGGGCUUGUCCGGGUCGUUUCUUUGCUCUGCUGGAGUUGAAGAUAUUUGUUGCAAACAUGCUUUUGGACUAUGAGAUUGGGUAUCUAAAGAAGAGACCGAGUCCGAUUUAUCUACUGUGGGCGAGGUAUCCGCCGGAUGUUAGAAUAUGGAUAAGAAGAAGAUAUUAA